AUGGCCCGCCUGCAGCGCCCGCAUCCGCAGCUGCUGCAGCGCCUGGCGGCGGCGCUGCUGGCGGCGGAGGGCGGCAGCGAUGGCGGCGGCGGCGAGGCGGAGCAUGCGGACCCGACCCUGCCACGGCAGCAGCAGCAGCAGGAGCAGCAGCGGCAAGAGGAGGAGGAGGAGGAGCAGCAGCAGCGCGGGAAGCAGGAGCAGCAACACGUACGGCGGCCGCAGCGCCCCGGCGGCAGCAGAGAGGCCGGCGGCGGCGUCAGCCUGGCAGACUGCGAUUCUCGCAGCCUGUGCCUGCUGCUGUGGAGCCUGGCCAGCCUGCGUGCCUGCCCGCCGGCGCUGCUGGCGGCGGGGUGCGCCACGCUGCGGCGCGCUGGGCUGGGUGGGCUCAGCGUGCAAAGCAUGACGCAGGUGCUGCAGGCCCAGGACAUGGUGGGGCGCUGGGACCAGCCGCUGGUGGAAAGAAUCUCGGCUGAGCUGGCGCUGCGCUGGCACCGCUCACUGGAGCAGCAGCAGCAGCAGCAGGAGCAGCAGCAGCAGCAGGGCAGCGGCGACGAGCGGCGACCACAGCGUGCACAGCGGGGGCAGCGUCCUUUCCACCUCAACGAGAUGGACUGCUCCAUCCUCGCCCGCUGCCUGGCGCUGGCCUGGCACCAGGCGGUGGCGGCCUCGCCCGUAGGGGCCGAGGCCUCCGAGAACCGGCUGGCGCUGGGCAAGGCGAUGCAGCGGCACAUCAUGGCGUCGCCGCACCGCCGCGGCGUGGCGCGCCUGCUGGCCGCCGCCUCGCGCCAGCUGGCGCCGCGCCUGGCGCCGCAGGCGCUGUCCUCUCUGGCCCACUCGUUCGCCGCCAUCGGGGGCUGCCCCUGGGACCUGCUGGAGGAGCUGGCGGCGCGGGCGGUACAGCUGGAGCGCCAGCUGGAUGCGCAGGCUGUCGCCAACCUGGCAUGGGCCUACAGUACACUGCGGUACGACCACCCCCAGCUGUACGACAGCCUGGCGGCAGCCGCGCUGCGCCUGCUGGCCGCGCCCCCGCCGGCCGCCGGCACCGCCUCCAGCCGCGGCGGCGGCGGCGGCGGCGGCGGCCGCGAGGGCUUCACCGCGCAGGCGGUCAGCGUGGUUGUGUUCAGCUUCGCCUCCGCCAACCGCUGCCACAGCCCCGUGCAGCGCGAGAUGUUUCUGGCCCUGGCGGACCGAGCGCUGGAGCUGCUGCCGCAGUUCACUCCGCAGGGGCUCAGCAACCUGGCGUGGGGGCUCACAGUGGCCGCAUGCUACCCGCCAAAGGUGCAUCGCACGGUGUGCGGGCUGGGGGUGCCUUGCGUGCUGGAGCACAGUGAGGCUGGAGAGUACUCCAUCGAUGUCGCCCUGCCAGAGCACAAGAUCGCGGUGGAGGUGGAUGGUCCGGUGCACUUUGCCGCCAACAGCCGCCACCUCAUGGGCGGCACAGCGCUCAAGCGGCGCCUGCUGGAGACGCUCUUCUGCAUUGCGGCCCCCAUGCAGCGCCUGGGCUGGCGGGCGGUGGAUGUGCCGUACUAUGAGUGGUGGGCGCUGGCGCCCGCGCGCCGCCCCUCCUACAUGCGUCGCAAGCUGGAGGCGGCGGGGCUGAGCCUGUCGCAGGAGCAGCAGCAGCAGCAGGAGGAGGGGCAGCAGCAGCAGCAGGAGCAGCAGAAGCGGCAGCAGCGGCAGGAGGAGGAACAGCAGCAGGAGCGGCAGCAGCAGCAGGAGGAGGUGGCAGGCGUGCCUGGCACAGAGGAGCAGCCCCGCCAGGAGCAGGGGCGGGUGCAGGCGGCGGCGGCGCAGGAGCCAGCAGAGCCGGCUGCCGCCAGCGUGGCGCAGCGUGCGCAGCGGCUCAGCAUGCUGCAGUACCGGCAGGGAAGGCUGUCGCGGAAGAGCCUGCUGGCACGCGGCUCGAUGCAGGCCUCAUCUGCUGCUGCCACAGCUGCCGCUGCCGCAGCAGCGGCGGCGGCUUCUACAGCAGCAGGCAGCGCAGUCGUAGGGGCGGUGGCAGGCGGUAGACCAGAGCCAGCGGCGGGCGGAGCACCAGCGGCUGUAGCAGGCACGGCUGGCAGGGGACCUCAUGCGGACGGCGUCGACAGGUAUCCUGGCUCCACAGCCGAGGGCUGCCCGGCGGCCGAGAGCCAGGACACGGAUCACCCAGAGUGCACCUAA